CUUCGCGGACAACGAGCUUGAGCGCCUAGCGCGUACUGUGAUGCGUCCACUACCUCACCUUUCCUCGCUUAGGAUAUUUGGGUGAAUUGACGCUGGAGUCAGCACUGUUGACGUCACGCGUGUUCAAAACUCUACGUUAUGUCGGAGCAGACUGCUCCAUCUAGCCGUACACAGAUUGAAAGCCCAUGAACGUGACAUGGACGCUCGGCUUCCCAACCGGCAACGAGAAGGGCCAGUAUCUCACUAUGGAUCUCGGAGGCACAAAGCUACGGGUUUGUUGGAUCAAACUGAAUCAGCGCCAUGGUCAAACGGAGCUGGAUCAGGACGUCUAUCAAUUCCCAUCGGCAGUCAAGACCAGCGAUGCGGACACAUUAUGGAGCUUCAUUGCCGACUCGCUACAAGACUUUGUUGGGAAACGUUCGCUACAGGGAACUGCAGAGAACCCGCUACCACUUGGCUUCACCUUCUCUUAUCCGGCUUCGCAGGACUACAUCGACCAUGGUGUGCUUCAAACCUGGACUAAAGGCCUCGCGAUCAAAGGUGUCGAAGGUGAAGAUGCAGCCGGCCAGCUUCGGGAUGCGAUGGCUAAGCGGAAUCUUCCAAUCCGCUUAGUGGCCCUCAUCAAUGACACUACCGGCGCCAUGAUUGCUUCAGCAUAUAACGACCCUGACACUAUCGUGGGCGCAAUCUUCGGCACAGGCUGUAAUGCUGCCUACAUGGAGAACGUGGGCUCGAUCCGGAAGAUGAAGAUUGAUCUGCCGCCAGACACGCCGAUGGCGAUCAAUUGUGAGUAUGGUGCUUUCGACAAUGCACACCGUGUGUUGCCUCGGACAAAGUAUGACGUAGCCAUCGACGAAGAGAGUCCAAAGCCGGGUGAGCAGUCCUUCGAGAAGUUGAGCGCUGGACUGUAUCUAGGCGAGAUAUUCCGGCAGAUCCUACUGGAUUUAUAUGAACGACAAGUGGUGUUGAAAGGCCAGGAUGCGACAAGCCUCAAGCAACCAUACGCUCUCGACACUGGGUUCCUGUCCGCACUAGAAAACGACCCGCUUCCAGGAGUGAAAGCACAGUUUGCAGAGUUAUUGAAGCUUAAGCCAACGGACGAGGAGCUGUGGCUAUGUCAUAGAUUGGCGGAGAUCAUCGCCAUUAGAGGGGCAAGACUGUGUACGUGUGGUAUUUCCGCUAUCUGCCGCAUGAAAGGUAUUAAGUCCGGUCAUGUUGCCGCGGACGGCAGUGUGGCGAACAAGCAUCCUACAUUCAAGCAGCGGUGGGCGCAGGCAAUGGGCGAAGUGCUCGAUUGGCCGCAGGACCGCAAAGAAGACCCCAUUACCAUCACGAGCGCCGAAGACGGAAGCGGUAUUGGUGCGGCGGUGAUUGCGGCGAUGACGGAAGAGAGGGCAAGGCAAGGGAAUAUGGUGGGCAUACGACAGCAGAAGUAAUAGUCGGCUAGUCGAAUGGACCACGGACGGCAGAUUGCCAACCAUUUU